GAAGUAAGGAGGAAAUUCAAAAUCAAGAAGUAAGAUAAAACAAAUCUGCACCACCCAUUUCAUAUCUGUUGAUUGGUGCUUUUAUUAAUAUCCCUCUCCGGGAUUUUUUAAACGAUUUCACAGGCUGCUUCGUAUUGUGUUUGCAAUGUGAAUAGAAACAUGAUAUUUUACUUCAAUAAUUAAGUUAAAAUUCUUGUUCAAGAUAUAAAAAUGGUGCUUGGAUUUGCUGCAGUGACAUUUGUCUUCUAUAAAAUUGUAAAGUUUGUCUACAAUCUUUUGUUUGGAAAGGUAGUGAUAAAUCAAACUGAUUAUGAAGAAGGAUGGUUUGGCAGAGGUUCUAGACCGGAUAACACAAAUUCAAUUGAUACUUCAAUUCAACCUUUCAAAAUCCAUGUGCCAGAUGAAGUUCUCACUGAUCUGAAGAAGCGUUUACAAAGAGCUCGUUUUGAACCACCCUUAGAAGAUGCUAAAUUUGAAUAUGGUUUCAAUUCUAACUAUUUGCAAUCUAUUGUUGAGUAUUGGAAAACUGAAUUUGAUUGGAGGAAACAAGAAGAGCAAUUAAAUAAAUUUCCACAUUUUAAAACAUUUAUUGAAGGAAUUAAUGUCCAUUUUGUUCAUGUGAAACCAGCCAUACCUGAAGGAAGAAAGUUGGAAGUGAUUCCUAUUCUGAUUACUCAUGGUUGGCCAGGUUCUUUCUAUGAAUUUCACAAGUUGAUUCCACUUCUUACUACAGUUAAUGAUGAUAAAAGCUUUGUCUUUGAAGUGGUUUGCCCAUCUAUUCCUGGUUAUGGCUUUUCAGAAUCCCCUUGCCAAAAAGGUUUUAAUGCAAGAGCUACCGCAAGAAUCUUUGUUACUUUAAUGGAAAGGCUAGGACAUAAACGUUUCUAUAUACAAGGAGGAGACUGGGGAUCUUUUGUUUCACAACAAUUAGGAAAGUUCUAUCCUGAGAGGAUAAUUGGGGUUCAUUUGAACAUGUUCUCAAAUAGGCCUAAAACAUGGGAUUUUUUGAAAGCUGUUGUGAUAGCUUAUUUUCCAUCUCUAAUAUCUAAAGAGGAGUAUAAAGUUUUCUAUCCCUUCAAAGAAAAAAUGAAGUUCUUGCUACAAGAAACUGGAUAUUUUCAUAUUCAGUCUACUAAACCAGAUACUGUGGGAUGUGCUAUGGCGGACAGCCCUGUAGGUUUGGCUGCAUACAUUUUGGAAAAGUUUAGCACAUGGACAGAUAAAGAGAACCGUUCCUCAUCAGAGGGCAAUCUUACUAAAAAGUUUACCUUAGAUGAACUCCUUACAAAUAUUAUGAUUUAUUGGGUAAACAAUAACUUCACUGCUUCUGCCAGAUAUUACAAGGAGAAUAUUGGAGAUAGGGAUCAUGAAAAGAUACCUUUGACCAUUCCAUGUGGAAUAGCUUUGUUUCCUAAUGAAAUUGUUGGUAUGCCACGCUGUCUUACAACACAGUCUGUGACACAGUUGAUGUCAUACACUGUUAUGCCUCGUGGAGGUCAUUUUGCUGCAUUUGAAGAACCACAACUUCUUGCUGAAGACAUCUGGAAGUUUGUGGCUAUUGUUCGAAAAAUGAACUGAAGUUAUUGAUUUGCUUUUUUUAUAUUACUGUAUUAGGAAAAAAUCUUAUUUUAACAAAUGGUAUCCUACUUAUAGCAUCUUGAUGUAAGAUUAGUUAGUUUUGCUUCAACUUCAGGGUAUAUAUUUAAUAUGCUUGUUUCCAUGUUUCUAUGUUGUAGAUGAUUGUAAAAUGCAAAAAUAUUGUAUGUGAAAAAUAUUGUAAUGUAUGUGAAAUUUUCUUAUUGUUGUAAUUUACAAAUCAUUUACUAUUUUCUAAAAUUAUACUACAUGUCCUUUAAGUUGGGAGUAUCUCUAUGUGAGUUUGGAAAAAAUUUCAAAACCAUAUUAUCAAGGACAUAUAUUGAGUGACACUCAUUUGGAAGUGAUUAUCUUGUAUAUUACAUAAUAAUUUUUGAAUAUGUAAAAUUCAUUUCUGGAUUUGGAUUUAUAUUCAUGAUAUCUUACAUCUUCUGGUUAAUUACCUCAUUUAGUGCAUUCUUUAUAUAUGUGAUUGUUACUUUGUCUGAAAACACAAGGAUAGUGUUGAAAAAUGUUUUAGAAUUCAAUGUGUUAUUCAUAGUUUAAACUGAUGACUGAAUUCCAAAUUGAAUAGCAUGAUGCAUGUUGUAUUCAACAGAUGACUAAAAGUCACCCAUAUUGAUUUGUAAUUUGUAUUGAUAAUAGUGUAAAAAUUAUUUAAUUGUUCAAAGAAAAUAAAAGGAAAUUGUGAGUUUUUAUCUUGAUUUUAUCAAACAUACAUGAAGCACACCUGUGGUUUAUUCACAUAUGUUUGGUAAUGAUGUAAAUUCAUCAUUGUCAGAUGUUCACUUGCUGAUGAGAUGAUGUUUGGAUAAGAUUAUGGGAUAUAAUUAGCAUCUGACUGUGAUUCAAAAUUAUCUGAGCUGCACCUAAUUGAUUUUAUUUGGAUCUAAAAUUAUAUUCUGUAUUUACUGUGAUAUUUAUCUUUGUGACUGUGUUGUUCUUCUUAACUUCAAAGGGAAAUAAUGCAGUAAUAAUUACGAGCUUUUAUGUUUUUUAUUGAAAGGAUUCAAAACUUUGUACUGUUGAAAUUUAAAACUUUUAAGCGUCAUUUAAUAUUUCCAGUUUGUAAUAUUCAUAUUCCAAUAUAUAUUAUUCAUAUUUUUAUGAUAUUGAUUGAAAUUUUAUUAGUUUAAAAAAGUUGUUGAUUAUAUUUUUAAAUUAGCAUUGUAUGUAAUUGCCAAAUUUUGUUAAUUAUACUUUUGAUAUUAAAUUAUUUUUUUCAUACAGUUGACUAUUGUACAAUUGUUAGUUUUAUUAGUAUUUUGAUUUAUAUUGAUUUUUAUAUUUGUAUGUUUAA